UCGGCCUUCAAACGGCAAGCCGGCAUGCGAACUCGUUUAAUCUUUUUCAAUAACGCCGUACAACGGGAAAGUUUACGCUCUCACAACGACCGAGUCACAACCACCGCGGGUCAGAUGUUCAAAGUCACCAAUGCAACCCGGUGCCAGCAGUGUCGACGACGAAUUGGCACUUCGGCAUUCUUUCGAUAUCCCGAUUCAGGUGAUUUGGUUCACUAUGGGUGCUGCCCUGACCUUUCAGCCGUGAUUUCUAAUUCAUCUAUUAGCUCCCAACCUCGAUUAUAA